UUGUUUGGAUUGUAGGGCUCACGUGUUUUUAGUCACACGAUUUGUAACCUCUUCCCGUCACGGCCCAGUGCUUGAAAAAGGGGAAUUGGACUAAGUGUGAAAAUCCUGUGAAUGUGCUGCAUCGCAGAGAUUGCUUGUUACCGUCUGCACAUACUGCUUAUUCCACGACCAAAGCUAAUAGCAGCUCUGCCCAUGCAUUGUUACAAUUUGUUUUUCAUCAGUUAAAGCCCACACAGAGCACCUGGACAAGUACCAUGAUGGAGAAGCCCACAAGACUAUUUAUUUUGCUGUCACUCAUGGGGAACCUGCAGCUAGGGUGUGGCUUUAGACCACUGAAUCCUUUCCGCCGCAUGUUUACAGGAGUAAAAGUUAGCACGACAACAGGAGGAGACCCUGGGAACCCCCUUUUUCUUACACCUUACCUGGAAAGCGGAAAAGUUGAUGAAGCAAGAGAAUUAAGCCUUGUAGGCAAACUCCCAGGGGUGAAUGUGAAGAGCUAUGCUGGAUACCUUACUGUGAACAAGACCUUCAACAGCAACAUGUUCUUCUGGUUUUUCCCAGCUCAGACCAGCCCAGAGACUGCUCCGGUGUUACUGUGGCUACAGGGUGGGCCAGGUGGAACCUCUAUGUUUGGCCUGUUUGUGGAGCAUGGACCUUAUGUAGUUACAGAAAACCUUACUUUGAUUGCACGGAACUUUUCUUGGACAUCUAAUUAUUCCAUGCUUUAUAUUGAUAAUCCAGUUGGCACUGGAUUCAGUUUUACGGAUGAUGACAGGGGAUAUGCAGUAAACCAGGAUGAUGUGGGAAGAGAUUUAUAUAGUGCACUCACACAGUUUUUCCAAAUAUUUCCUGAUUAUCAAAAUAAUGAAUUUUAUGCUACAGGAGAGUCUUACGCUGGGAAAUAUGUUCCUGCCAUUGGCUAUUAUAUCCAUACUCAAAAUCCAACAGCUAAGGUUAAAAUCAACUUCAAGGGAAUUGCCAUUGGAGACGGGCUCUGUGAUCCUGAAGAGAUGUUGGGUGGCUAUGCUGACUUCCUGUAUCAAACAAGCAUGGUGGAUGAAAAUCAAAAAGUGUUUGUCAAGCAGCAGACUGACCUGGCAGUAAACUAUAUCAAACAAAAGAAGUGGAUCAAAGCCUUUGAUGUGUUUGAUGCAUUGUUAAACGGAGAUAGGACCGAAUACCCAUCUUUCUAUCAGAAUGCUACUGGUUGCAGCAAUUAUUUCAACUUCCUUCAGUGUCAGGAGCCAGCAGACCAGAAGUAUUUUGGGUCAUUUUUGUCACUUUCAGAAGUACGGAAAUCAAUUCACGUUGGAAAUCUAACCUUUCAUGAUGGAUCUGAGGUUGAAAAACAUUUGCUCUCAGAUGUGAUGCAAAGCGUAAAACUGUGGUUGGCUGUUCUGAUGGAUAAUUACAGGGUCCUCAUUUACAGUGGCCAGCUUGAUGUUAUAGUGGCUGCUCCCCUAACUGAGCGAUUCCUGCCCACUGUACCGUGGUCUAAGGUGGAAGAAUACAAGAAGGCUGAGAGGAUAUGCUGGAAGGUGCGGCCUACAGAUGCAGAAGUGGCUGGUUAUGUGCGUGUUGCUGGGGAAUUCUCUCAGGUAAUUGUUAGAGGUGGAGGCCACAUCUUGCCUUAUGACCAGCCUGAAAGAUCUUUUGAGAUGAUUGACCGAUUUAUCAGAAAAUGUAAAUUCCUGCAGUGCUAACACAUAUUCUAAUACAAUGCACUGCUAAAGUCCAGAAAAUGAUGCAAUGAAUCAACCUAAAUUAGCCUCUGAUGUAAUACAUCGCCAUUUCUGAUUAGGAUACGGCUUGGUGCCCAUCAAGAGCAAAAUACAUAUGUACCCUUCAAUAACCAGCCACAUUCUAAUAUAGAGUGACAUGGGAGACCACUGGGCACACAACUUUUACCAUAUGUUUAACUCCUUAGCAGAUGUUAAAGGGAUAUACAAGUGAAUAUGUGUUUAUUUUUCAUUGUAGCUUGCAUAGAACUAUUUGAUUUACCCUUGCAAAGGGGUUAAAACAGUUGAAGCCAGCUGCAGAGCUAGACAUGGCUGGUGAUUGGUGACUACAUACAUAUGUCUUGUUCUUAAAGGGACACUGAACCCCAAUUUUUUCUUUCGUGAUUCAGAUAGAGCAUGCAAUUUUAAGCAACUUUCUAAUUUACUCCUAUUAUCAAUUUUUCUUCGUUCUCUUGCUAUCUUUAUUUUAAAAAUAAUGCUUUUUUGGGGUUCAUGCACUGGGCAGCACUUUUUUAUUGGUGGAUUAAUUUAUCCACCAAUCAGCAAGAACAACCCAGGUUGUUCACCAAAAAUGGGCCGGUAUCUAAACUUAAAUUCUUGCAUUUCAAAUAAAGAUAGCAAGAGAAUGAAGAACAUUUGAUAAUAGGAGUAAAUUAGAAAGUUGCUUAAAAUUGCAUGCCCUAUCUGAAUCAUGAAAUAAAAAAAUUUGGGUUCAUUGUCUCUUUAACUUGUUUUGGUGAGCUACAGACCAAUCAUUUAUUACUGCACUGAAGCUGGUGUCUAACUAUGGGUUGAGGUUAAAACCUUGUUAUAUGCAAGCACUAGGGCUAUAAGGAAAUGCUCUAAAAUGAAGGCACUUUCUUAUUGCACUUUUUAGCUACUUUAAACACAAGCUAUGUUAAACACAAUGUGAGAAGAGUAUUUCAUUUGUUAACAAUAUCCCUUUAAAUAUAUUGUGUGUAUGUGUGUGUAUAUAUAUAUAUAUAUAUAUAUAUAUAUAUAUAUAUAUACACACAUACAAACAAACAGACAUACAAACAUCUUUCCUCUUACACUCUCAGUGUCUUUCUAAAUUUGUGCCUGUUUUUUCUCACUAAUAAAUAAGAUGGUGAAUCCUGGCUCCCAUGAAUUGUUUGUUUUGUUGAUAACUACUGUUGUGAAUGAAAAGAAAACUAUAAUAAAAAGAGUUGACAAA